ACCCAUAUCUCACCCUCUUUUGAGGCGCCUGAAAAGCACCUUGACCCACCCAUAUCUCACCCUCUUUUGAGGCGCCUGAAAAGCACCUUGACCCACCCAUAUCUCACCCUCUUUUGAGGCGCCUCAAAAGCACCUUGACCCACCCAUAUCUCACCCUCUUUUGAGGCGCCUCAAAGCACCUUGACCCACCCAUAUCUCACCCUCUUUUGAGGCGCCUCAAAAGCACCUUGACCCACCCAUUAUCUCACCUCUUUUGAGGCGCCUCAAAGAACCUUGACCCACCCAUAUCUCACCCUCUUUGAGGCCGCCUGAAAAGCACCUUGACCCACCCAUAUCUCACCCUCUUUUGAGGCGCCCUCAAAAGCACCUUGACCCACCCAUAUCUCACCCUCUUUUGAGGCGCCUCAAAAGAACCUUGACCCACCCAUAUCUCACCCUCUUUUGAGGCGCCUCAAAAGCACCUUGACCCACCCAUAUCUCACCCUCUUUGAGGCGCCUCAAAAGCACCUUGACCCACCCAUAUCUCACCCUCUUUUGAGGCGCCUCAAAAGCACCUUGACCCACCCAUAUCUCACCCUCUUUUGAGGCGCCUCAAAAGCACCUUGACCCACCCAUAUCUCACCCUCUUUGAGGCGCCUCAAAAGCACCUUGACCCACCCAUAUCUCACCCUCUUUUGAGGCGCCUCAAAGCACCUUGACCCACCCAUAUCUCACCCUCUUUUGAGGCGCCUCAAAGCACCUUGACCCACCCAUAUCUCACCCUCUUCCUGCGCUCUGCCUCCUCGCUGCCUGCAGCUCCUGACCCUCCCAUUUGUGCAGGUGCCUGACACGCCAAGAGACGCCCGCUUCGCUGCCUUCAUACCCUAGCACAUGCCUCUGGCCUCCUCGGCUCCUUGCCGCGUGUCACUGCUUGCUGCGCCAGCUGCAAGGCACCUACGCUGACCUGGCCACUCACCUGACUUCGUAUCUACAUGCCUCCCCUCCUUUCCGCUGAGGGCGGACUGCUGCCGUCACUAACACCUUAGAUCCAUUUGGCAGCAAAGAAGAUGUUGGGCAAACGAGCACCUUGUGGUUUAUUCAAUGUUAAUUGGCAUGCAUGCAUGGAGUCAUUGGCAUGCGUGCAUGGGUCAUGUUAAUCCGGCUGCUUCCCAUGCUAGGAGUUGCACUGCAUGAAAUAUGGUCGACCUUCCCUGAAUUGUGAUGUCUGCUUAGGGCGUACCGUAUCCACCCGGAUAUGCGCCCCCCCAGGGGAUGGGACCCUGAGUCCUUUAUUCAGCGCAUGGGGCUUAUGCACCUUAUUCGAUUAUUAGCCCCACCUACUCAAGGGUGUUUCGCCCUACAGACGGUUGAAGGGGAUGAAGGGGUUAGCGAGAGGUUCAUACCCUUCGGCGUGGUGAGGUUGACGCCAAUCUCGUCGAACCAGUCCUGGUAGUCCCCUCGCACGUGCGCCUUGUAGACGUCCAGCGGCUGGAGGAGGCUUGUGCAGCCGCUUGGGAUGGUGGCGGGAAUGAUUCCCUGCUCCCUCAGCUCAGCCAUCACGCGCCACACGAGGAGUCCAUCCUCGUCCAUCCAGCAGCAGCUGCAGUUCUCACAGUAUCAACCCCGAGCGCCACGUCCGUCACCGAAUCCGGUCGCUUCAACUCAGCAGAUCAGCUCCGACGAACCGCUCUACACAAGACGCAAGGAAUGUCAUCAGUUGUAUGGCUCGAAUGGACUUCUGCGUACCGACUCUCCACCACACAACGAUCUCGACGAACAACCUCCCGCUCCGACACAAACCCGGCUCCAACCGAACCCGACUUGCGUUGCAAUCGCUCACAACGACUGUCUGGCCACAACACAUGGUUUCUUGAUAGCUGCUGUGGCCAGCACAUGUGUUCUUCAACACGCUUCGUCCAGCAAGAGAAGAUGUUGAGCCGUGAAGUCGUCAUCACUGUCGCCAACAUCCAGAACAUGUGUACAAGGAAGGAGGGAGUUGUUCAGUUACAAUCAAGCGAGACGAACGUGAUAUUACAAAUGUCACGAGUACUCGUCGUCGACAACCUCGGUUACAACCUCUUAAGCGUUAGCCAGCUAAUGUCAAAGGGAAUUCAGCUGGAGUGCGACAGCUUCGACCGAGAGUUCCGACUCCACCACGGGAAGGGCGGCCUCUUCAUCAGCAGAGCCAUUCAGAAGCACGGAGUCUUCGUCUUGGACUUCGUUCUGGACCGAGGGACCGCCGACAGCGACGGCGUCGUCUCCUUCGCACCCUGGAGGCACCCGCCGGAUCUUGACCCCGGGUUCGACCGCAAUGGCUUCUGGUACCAUCUGAGAACUUCGCCGACCGCGACGUACCUGCUUUAUCUGCCCGGAAGCAGUUCUUCCUCGUCAGCCGUUCCCAUCACAUCAUUACCCCAGCGCACCAGAGUACACUCCACUCGAGAACAUCUACAGCGAUAUACUCUACAUCCCGCGAUAAGUCGGCCGGGCCGACCUCAACUACGUAAUCACCUUUGUCGAUGCCGCGACAAGAUACAAUUGGCAUCUUAACCUACCGUUACGCGACCUCGCCUUCUCUGCCUUCGCCGCAUGGCUUGCUGCAGCAGAACGGGAGGUAGACACGAAGCUAGAAAGCUUUCAGUCCGAUGGAGCGAUGGAGUAUCAAUCACAAUGAUUCAAGGACUACCUCGCAGAAAGGGGAAUUAAGAGGCUCAUCACCGUUCCCUACGCUCACCAAAAAAACGGCGUAGUAGAGAGGAUGAAUCGGACCCUACAGAACAACAUGAGGAAGUUAUUGACCGGGAUGCGACUACCCAACUCGCAGUGGCCAGAGGCGAUGACUCACGCCGUCAUGCUACAGAAUCUCCUGUCGUCAAGCUCCUUACCAAACAACGCAUCACCACAUCUGCUGUGGACAGGGAAGCAAGGCAGCACAAAAUUGUUAUGAGUGUUCAGGUGCAUGGUACAGUACCGUCCACACACUGCAAGAGCUGGACGAUUUUCGCAGCGGGCAAGAUGGGGUCUACACCUCGGUGUGGAAAAACACUACAAGGCCUGGAAAAUCUUUGACGUCGAGGAUAAGGAAACCGUUAUGGCACGUGACGUGAUUUUCUACGAAAACCUCACGUUCAAUCAUUACCUGGAGACUAUCGCAGCCAAUUGGGACCCAUCCGGUGGCUUUGCUGGAGCACGCGCGUUCGCCUCGACCGAAGAAGAAGCUGACCUGGAGGAGCAGAACAUCCCUGAUGCGUCAGCAGUUGCAGGACCAGUUCCCUACUGCUUCAUCGACAUGCAGAUGGACGACGAUAACCCUCGCAAAAGUGCGAAUGCCGAAGCCUACUACCACUUCGCCGACAUUGGUUACAUAACACCCGACAACGUCGACACAAAUGUCUCAGAACGCGUAGGACCAGGUUUCGUACCUAAUCCUGAAGUAGGCGACGAAGCAUCUUAUCCCGAGGAUCCAACCCUCCCCCGCUACACCAAGACUGGACUUCAAAUCCUCGGACUGGUAGCAGCGGUGCAUCCUCUGUCACCGUCGCCAGUUGAGGAGCCGAAGACUGUCAAGCGAGCGCUGCAAAGGCCAGACAGGGAGAAAUGAGGGAGUCAAUGGACAGGGAAUUAGCGGCGCUACAUGAAAGAAACACCUUCAAAGCUG